AUGUCAGACAUUGAGCUUGACCGGGAAUGGAAGCCCACCGGUCGACCCCAGUCGACCAUGGCCCAGGCAUUCUCGUCGGCGCUGGACAGUGCCUUUUCUCUCGAUAGCGACGUUGACCACCUUACUCAGUCGAUCGAUCAGAAGAAACAAGCCAUGAUGAUACAAAGCCGGGAGCUGGAACAGCUCCAGGCCAAGAUUCGAGAGACAGAGGCGCGUCUCAAGGCACGGCAGUCGAUGACGAUCGACCCAAGCAGCCUGCGUUUCUAUCAGGAGUCCGGCGAGCGAAAAGACCAAGAGUCCGCCCGCGCCUUCCGAUCGACUGGUGAGGACAAUAAUACCACCCAGAUAGUCUCGGGUUCUGACCGCCGUCUCCCGGCUGCUGAAGCUUCCACAGACUCAUCGACCUCACGGGACUCGUCGUACGGCAGGGACGGAGAGGACCAGGCCGGCUCGUCGUCCGUCGCCGCCGGCCAGGUCGAGCAGCGCAGGGCGCCGUGA